AGAAACAUUUGAGCCUCAAUAUCAAUAUCAAUAUCAAGAGGGUGAUGAAAAUUUUGAUAACAAUACAUAUCAAACAACUCAACCUGAAUGGAAUUCUAAUGCAUAUAUGGGAAUGUAGCUCUCCAGGAGAAAUGUUUAUGCCACAAACAAGGUAAGUUGUCUUAUUAUGAAUUCACAGUUUUUUACCUUGACAGUUUUCCUAAAUUAUGGUUAACAAAAAAAUAGAGAUAAGGUAUUCAUUUGUAUAUGAGACUUUAAAUAUAAUUACCAUGCAUAGAGAUAAGGUUUGUACAUUUUUACCACAUGCAAAUUAUAAUGCAACAUUUAUUCACAACCAUAUGUUCGAACAAAAAAAAAAAAGUGGGCCUCGGUUAUUAGUGGAUAGUUAAUUUUAAAUAUAUUAUUAUUUGUUUUAGUGGGAUGAGUUGUCAUGUUUGGGAAGUCCCUAACUCUGAGACUGCAGAUUUUUACAAUCGUUUAAACAUGGCAAGUGAACCUCUUUAUAAUAAUUGUAUUGAAGGUUUGUCAAAUUUUUCUUGGCUGCCGAUGUGAUGCACAUUAAAACGGACCGUAAUCUAGCUGAAAUUUGUGUUGAUGAUGUUUCACAUUUGAUUUAUAAGAUUUUACCUAAAGGUAAUGUUACAUCCAAAAACUAUUAUGAAACAGAGAAGCUGAUGCGUACAUUGAGUAUGCCUUACCAUAGGAUUGAUGUCUGUAUAAAUAAUUGCAUGAUUUAUUGGGGUAACCCUGAUAAAAAUUUAAUCAUCUGCAAAUUUUGUGAGCAUCCAAGGUACAAACCAAAAAAGACAUCUAGAAAGGAUUCCUCUACAACAAAACGUAUUCCAUAAAAGAGGAUGUUCUAUCUCCCAGUAGCAACAGAUAGAUUAAAAAGAUUGUAUUUAUCAGAGAGAACAACAUCGCAUAUGAGUUGGCAUGCAAAACAUACAUGCCAUGAUGGGAAGAUGGAACAUCCGUCCGAUGGUAAGGCGUGGAAAAUGUUUACCUAAAACUUUGUACAGAUGGGUUUAACCUAUUUGGAUCAUCUAGUGGUAAUUAUUCGUCGUGGCCUAUUAUUCUAACUCCAUAUAAUCUCCCGCCAGAUAUGUGCAUGAAAAGAGAAUAUCUAUUUCUUAGUAUUUUAGUCCCUGGGCGAAACCAUCCAAAACGAAGUUUGGAUAUAUUUUUACGACCGUUGAUUGAAGAAUUGCAGGAACUAUGGGUAUAUGGUGUUCAAGCGUUUGAUGUUUCAACUAAGCAGAAUUUUAAUCUAAAAGCAGUGUUAAUGUGGACGAUAAGUGAUUUUCCAGCAUUGGGGAUGUUAUCAGGAUGGACAACCCAUGGAAGAUUAUCUUGUCCGUAUUGUAUGGAGGACACAUAUGCUUUUCAGUUAAAACAUGGUUGGAAAUCAAGUUGGUUUGAUUGUCACCAAAGAUUUUUGCCAAGAGAUCAUGCUUAUAGACAAAACAUAAGAUCUUUUAGAAAGAAUAAGGUGGUCAUGAAGUCAGCACCAUAUAAUCGCUCGGGAGAAGUAAUCUUACAUCAUCAGUUGGAGGAUAUUUAUGGAUUGAAGAAAACAGUUGAAUGUGGAGGCAAUUGUCAUGUAAACGCAGAGAUUGAAGGAUAUGGCGAGACGCAUCAGUGGCAUAAGUUUAGUAUUUUCUGGAAGCUGCCUUAUUGGAAGACACAUCUUCUCCGUCAUAACCUUGAUGUUAUGCAUAUUGAGAAUUUUUUUUUUGAUAACGUUAUUAACACGUUGCUAAAUAUCGCAGGCAAAACAAAAGAUUCUGUGAAUUCACGGAAAGAUCUUGUUCUGUAUUGUGAUAGAAAACCUCUACAUCUAACAUCUUUUGGGAAGGCUCCAAUUCCUAUAUUCCGGUUGUCAGCAAACGCAAAGCGAAUGUUUCUAAAAUGGCUGAAGGAUGUAGUAAAGUUUCCUGAUGGGUAUGUAUCUAACAUAGGACGAUGCAUAAGCCUUGAGCAAGGGUGUAAAAUAUAUGGUUUGAAAAGUCAUGACUGCCACGUGAUUAUGCAACGGUUAUUUCCAUUUGUUUUCUGUGAACUAUUGCCUUCUGAAGUCCAUGAAGCAAUAUUAGGUAAGGAUUUAUAUAUCUCUAUUAGUCUUCUAUAUUUAUAUAUAUACAAUGUCAUAUACUAUUUAACUUGUUUCACUUCUAAAUGUACAUGUGGGGAUUUUUUUCCGCGAUCUUUGCUCAAGAAGUAUGAAUAUAAGUGACAUUGAUCGUCUCGAAAAAAAUAUUGCUCAGACUCUUUGCAACCUCGAGAAGAUAUUUCCACCUUCAUUUUUUGAUGUUAUGGAACAUUUAACUGUUCACUUACCUUCAGAAACUGAGCUCGGUGGACUAGUGCAGUUUCGAUGGAUGUAUCCUUUUAAAAGAUUCAUGUUUCACCUCAAGAAGAAAGCGAAUAACAAAUCUAGUGUUGAAGGUUCAAUUGUUGAGCAGUUAUAAAUGAAGAAAUCACAAAUUUCAGCUUGCACCACUUUGAUUCUACAGAUCAUACUGAGUUGAACAGUACGCAUAAGCGACAUGCUAGUGGUUUUGCCCAGCAAUAUAUAUACUCUUAUGAAGUGCCACAUUUAUUUAGACACGUUGGUGGUCCUAGUGGAAGACCAUACUACGAGUGGUUAACUGAUGAUGAUAACCACAUCGCUCAUAUUUAUAUUCUGCUCAACUGUGAAGAACUUCAACAAUUUGAAAGAUUAUUUGAUAAUGAAGCAAUAGAAAAGCAUGAGGGGCUUACAGAUGAGAUGUUAGCUACAUUGAAAGAGAGAACCUAUUCACAGUGGUUAUACAAUUUGGUAAGUCCUAAGACCAAUUAUUAGAUGUGUAGUGGUCUGAUCUUUGCUCAAAAAACGGUUCAAUGUUUAACUUCGGAUAAUGGCUUCUAUAGGUCCAAAGUG